AGAAACGUGGAAUGCAGAUGAUCAUUGGGUUUGUUGGGUCCUUCGCCCUGCUUUGGUUGGUUUCGCUAGGACUAGCACUAGAGGAAAAUGACUCCUGUACCAAUCCAGCCGGUAAGUCCGGCCAGUGCAUCUCCUUCCGUGAAUGUGAUCCAAUAUUGAAGAUCUACAAUAAAGCAAUCGUUUCGCCGGAUGAGACUGCAUUCGUUAAUCAAAGCCAAUGUGGAUGGACGGCUGAUAAGAGAGCGUUGGUGUGCUGUGCUGUAUCUGCGGAUAAUCAACGGCUUCAUUAUAGAAAAGAGACCCUGCCGAAGCCACCCCUCUGCGGAUCAGAUUUCAGCGAUAGGCUCUUCGGUGGUCAGAGAACUGCCCUCGAUGAGUUCCCCUGGGCCGCCCUGAUCGAGUACCGCAAACCGAACGGAAAGACUGGAUUUAACUGUGGUGCCACACUGAUAAGCUCCCGGUACGCCGUCACGGCAGCCCAUUGCCUAACAGCGAUUCCUCAUGGUUGGCAAGCGAUCGGUGUCCGUUUGGGCGAAUGGGAUCUGGAAAACGAGAUUGAUUGUAUGGACGGUGACUGCGCUGACGCACCGGUAAAUAUGGGUUUAGAAAAAAUAAUUGUGCAUGAAGACUAUGAUGCGGAGAACAAGUCGCAUUACCACGAUAUUGCGCUUAUUCGGUUCACAAGGGAUGUCAACGUGACGUCGUUCAUUUCUCCGGUGUGUUUGCCGAUUGACGAUAAGCAGCGUACUCGCGACAAUGUUGGCACUAAGGGUUGGGCCGUAGGAUGGGGUAAAACAGAAACAGGAAGUGCAAGCAAUAUCAAACUGAAGGUUGAACUUACAUUCAAGGACUUUCAGAGCUGUUCGGAUGUAUACCGAUCAGCCGCCGGGGUGAUCCUCCAGGAUAAGCAGAUGUGUGCGGGAGGAGUGCGCAGUCAAGAUACUUGCAGCGGUGACUCUGGCGGUUCACUGACGAAGCUAGAUCGAGCAAAUCACUUCAUGUAUGGAAUCGUGAGCUUUGGACCGAGACAAUGCGGAACCGAUGGCAUACCAGGGGUGUACACCAACGUUGCAAAAUAUGUCGACUGGAUCGAAGGAAAACUGGAGUAGGAUGAUGCAGAUAGCCGGUCGAUCAUUAAUGCUAGCAGGGGUAGAUGAAGCUGUUGGGGAUAUUUCCGUAGUUGUCGUGCAAAUAAAGCAGGUCAAGGUAAUUUACACCAUUGUGGUCAAAUUAUGGUUUCCGAAAUUUUCAUCGCAAAUCUCUGGCAAAUUUUUUAUUACGGAUUCCCUAUAAUUUUCAAAUUCUAGCACAUAUGAAAUAAAAAAAAGUAUUGACGACAAUCCUUUUUCGAAUAAAUUUCUUUUUCGAACCUGCUUUUAUUUUAACACAGAU